AAGUGGAGGGUUGACAGGUCAGUGGCUCGUGCUGUUAAUUUCACUAUCUGCCCGUAAAUAAAGACUAUCCUGUCCUUUGACAUGUCGGCCAGGAACCCGGGGACAAAGCUCGACCUGGAGCGGAUAUCCAAAGUGAGGGUGAACACAAAGGCCGUCCUGAAGAGAGCUCAGCACAUACAAGGACAGAAGAUCCCCAAGAAACAGUGGCAGGCCGCCUGGCUGCUGAAGGCCGUCACAUGUAUCGACCUGACGACUCUCGCUGGAGACGACACGCCGUCCAACGUCCACCGGCUGUGCCUGAAAGCCAUCCAGCCGGUCCGACACGACCUGCUCCGGGCGGUGGACAUGCACGACAAAGGAGUUACUACAGCAGCAGUGUGUGUGUAUCCAUCUCGUGUGGCCGACGCCGUCAAAUCACUGAAAGCAGCCAACUCCAGCCUUCCCGUUGCCUCAGUGGCCACUGGUUUCCCAGCAGGCCAGACACCACUGGAGACCCGGCUGCAGGAAGUCCGCUUGGCGGUGGCUGACGGUGCCACGGAGAUCGACAUCGUCAUCAACAGGACGCUCGCCCUCAGCGGACAGUGGGAAGGCUCGGACUUCAUCAAGACGUCCACAGGAAAGGAGUCCGUCAACGCCACUUACCCUGUUGCCAUAGUGAUGGUGAGGGCCAUCCGGGACUACUUCCUGUGCACAGGCCACAAGGUGGGCUUUAAGCCAGCGGGGGGGAUCCGGACGGCUCAGGAGUCUCUGGUGUGGCUCGCUCUGAUCAAAGAGGAGCUGGGCAACGACUGGCUCUGUCCGGUCCUGUUCCGCCUGGGAGCCAGCAGCCUGUUGGCUGACAUCGAGAGGCAGAUCUACCAUCACGUGACCGGACAGUACGCUGCCUAUCAUGAGCUGCCUAUGGCCUGAAGCUGUGGACUUCCUGUUCUAACGACCAAUCACAACCAUAGACUCACCACACAGGCCUGUCAGUGUGCAUCCAGGCAGCACUCAUCUGUUCUGUGAGCCACACUCAUGUUCCGUGCUGUGAGACAGAGAACACUGCUGUUAUUGCUCUGUAUAAUGUACUUAUCAAGAGUCACAGCAGUUAGCUCCACACACAAUACAUUCACGGUCAUUGUGAAGGAUGUGAUGAGUUAAAGAUCAUUUGUUUCAUGUGAAGCAGGAAAGAGAUUUAGAGUGAAGAACAUAAUAUUGAUCAAUCUGUCCCUCAGAUCCUGGAAGUCUUAAUUUGAACUCUUUGAUCUUUUACAAAAUAAAGUGUAUAUCUGGAAACACUCCUGUUCUCAUUACUUCCACCCGGGUCACAAUCCUGAACACAGACUUGUUUUGCAGAGCAGAGACAUCACUUGUAAACGUCCCUCAUGCAGAAAUGUAAUGUCCAUGUCCAAUGUUCAUUCUGUGUGUAUGUAUAAGAUCUGUGUCCUUUAAUUGGUGGAUGGUAAUUUACAAAUGACCACAUAGAUGUUGUGUACGGCCGGAGCUGUGCGAUCUCAUUGAGGUACUUUGUGUUCAUGUUCGGCGUUGGUAAAAUAUGACUCUGAGAAUAAGGCAGCACAGACGGAUGUCCUGAGACAUGUUCCGAGUUCCAACACAUCCGUGAAGCCUCUGGCUCACGCAGCCGGUGUCUCAGCGAUGUGUGCUGAAUCUGUUAUGCAGCUUCUUCUGCUCUUAAUUUCAUUAGCAGGAAGCUCGGCCAACUGAGGAGCGCGAGGGAUUAAUCAGGGGUUAAGUGAGUUUAAAAGAUCUGAUUGAGCAGCUCACAAAUUUGAGGCUUCAUUUGAAGACCGAAAACUUUUCCUCUUUAAUUAAGAUAUCACAGGCCUUGACCUUGACUGGAACAGAGGAUACAUGAGUGAAUUCAUUGUGGAGGGAAGGGUGUGUGAGCUUUUGGGGGGGGAAAUGUGGGAUUUGAUGGAAAACCCAUGGGAGCGGGUCUGCUUCAAGACACUGGUGGAAGGGCUGGGAAUGAGGCCAUGCUGUUAGGACCUGUAGGUGGUGGUUUGACAGAUGAAGCCUGUGCUAUCUACAGUGUAUGCACAACUAUCCCAAAGUUUGAAUUUAAAGUUACUGUGAUGAAAUAGUCUCAAAUUAAUACUGAUGUCUCUAUAUGACCUACAUCAGUAAACAAGACCAUCAGAGAGAAGAUGGUCUAUUUACUAAAUCAGAUGAAAUCAUGCAGGUCCAUCAGAGACCAGCACACCGUGGACACACUCACAUCCGUCUUCAUGCCGUCUUCCUCCUGCAGCUGAAGAGAAUACUUCACACAAGGGGACACUCUGGACUCAAAGUGUACUCGUGGUGCGAAUGGCUAAGGCUACAUCCAGGACAUGGUCACAGCUUAUACCCUACACCUUAAACCCUGUACACUAGGUUCUGCUACCGUCAGUCAGCUUGCUACUCCCUUACUGCCAGUAGUGCCCGGCUACAGCUCACCAGUAUCAUCCUGGUCCCAUGAUGGUGGAAACGACUCCCAAUGAGGACAGCAGAAAAUCACCCUUUCUCUUCUUGUAUGCAUUUGAUAAAGUUGUUGUACUUGCAUGAUUCUGGCAAUUGUUCAGGUUGUAUCCACAUGUUUGAAUGAACUUAUUUGAAGUUGCUUUGGAUCAUAGCAUCAGCUAAAUGAUUGCAACCAAGAUAUCAUAGAAUCAAUUUAGCCGGAAGCAACAAAGGGUUGCACAACGGAAUGCAGUUCACAAGAACAGUGCAUUCCUGGAGUGCAUUUCAUGAAUUUGCAUCAGGAGGACAGUAACCAGCAGCACCAAGCAGCAUUGAUGUAAACACAAAGUCCACCACCUCUCGUCCCACCGGAGCCUUUCACACUCAACGAUCCAUGUUGUAAGAAAGCAUAACUAUCCUUUAGUCUUUAAAGCUCGAGAGAGAAGAUAAAUCAACAUUGCUGACUUCUUGUCUUCUUUCUCCUAGUUUUACCACCAGAUCUUUUUCCGAUCUCACUUUUAGUGGCAGGUAUCGGAAGUCUUUCAUAUCCGCAAACUGCACAAAUGGCCUACAGGUGGAUGUGAUUUAUUAAUUAAUACUGAAACAGUGUAGGGCUGCACCUCACUUAAAGAUGAUGGAUGGAUGGAU